AUGCGUACCUUCAAGGCAGAUAACUCGAAUCUGCCUUAUCUGAUGGCGUCAAAGAUAGCGCAAGCAACAACCUCGGCGACAGUUUCUAGCCCAGGGUUAUUUUUCCCCUCUAAGGUUUCUCCCGAGCUGUUCUUUCGGCCAUCGUGCCCUCCACUUGCAGUCGUGCGAGGCAAAGACCAAGAUUUACACGUGGAUCAUUCCUCUUCAACACGCACGCCUUCAUCGAACUAUGUUCGAUACAAUUCAACCACGCUCAUAAACCUGGACAGUGUGCCUAGGGCAGCAAUAUCUCGUAUGGUUCAAAAUUAUAUCAACAUUCAUCUUCCGCAGUACCCUUGCGUCUCUGGGGCUGCGUUGAACAGGAUCGUCCAGCGGGCGUGGCAAGGAGAGCUUGGGAAUUCGCAUUCUUUCCUCCUAGAUGACCCCCCCGAGUCGUCGGGGAGUCCCCCCCAAGGCCUGAGUGAAGAGACCAUCCGUGAACGAACGAACCUUUUCUGGGUCGCAUAUGGAAUGGAAAGAUCACUUUGCACAAACCUCAGGCUUCCAUUAUCGUUCCCAGAAGAGUCGAUUGCAGUGAAGCUCGAUCCUAUUGUCAAAGACCCAUUUCAGCAAAAUGUGGACAUUGACAGGCUCCUUCCACAGUCAGCCUCCAGCCAUAUAUGCCAUUACCGUGCGCUUGAGACUGAAGUGCAUCGUGUGUUGCAUCUCGAAGAAGACUUGCAGAAGUUCGGCUGCGAUACCAUCGAAAACUGGACGACGGACAUCAGCUCGAGACUUGGAGAAUGGUAUGAAACCGCCAAGCUUUAUACUCCGUACAACAUGCUUGAAUUCAAAGCGGUUCAAUUCCACCAUUUGAUUGCCCGCAUCCAUCGACCUACCCCUCGCUUAAGAACCCGAAGUGCGGAGGAUCGGCAGAUGGUUUUGAAUGCAUCAUUAGUACUCAUAGACGACUACCUCAGUCAAGAGCGCCGGCGCCGGCUUUUUUAUCCUUGGCAUGGGGUUCACAUCCUGUUCGAGACGGCUAUCAUUGCCCUGGAGGCCUGCUGGUCCUCGCGGCACUGGGACCAGGCGAAAUUACAGGCCAUGAGCGUCCUCGAAGUUUCGCUUCCUCAAUGUCUCGACCUUUUGAGGCAGAUCGGACAGAGAUGGAAUGAAGCAUCGCUUUGUGCGGAUCGAUUGGAGCCUCUGAUAAAGCAAGUGCAUUCAGUUCUUGCUACCACUGGAUAUGUCUUCGAUGAACUCGAGGCGCCGAUAACCAAGGAAAUCGAUGGGCUUCUUUUCCCUGAUGCUCCCCUCAUAUGGAAUCGAGACGCCUCUCAAGAUUUUACGGUCGGUGUCGCCGACGGCACUGACUUCUUGAACAGCUUUUUGGAAGAUGGGUUGGAGUUCUUCCAGUGGGACCCGGAGUGGGAUAUCAUGUCUUCGGAGACACUGUAG